CCCCAAUCAAUCAAUCAAUCAAUGAUCCCUCCGCCUAUUCACGCUUUCAUCUCUUUACCUUUGACGUAUCUCACUUUACUAGCCACCGUCGCUCGCCGCCGUUAGCCGCCAAAUUUGACCGCCGGUCAAUCCUCACUUACCGUUUCUUAUAUUCAGCUACCUCAAAUCUUAACAGGUGUGGACGUUUAAGCUGCAAAAUAAUGGGGGCUAAGAAAGGUGGGAAAUCAGAAGAUGCUGCGGAGGAUAUGGUUCGUGUUCCUUUGCAAGCCAUUCUAUUGGCUGAUAGUUUCACUACAAAGUUCCGGCCUAUCACUCUUGAAUGCCCGAAAGUACUUUUACCGUUAGUUAAUACCCCAAUGAUUGAUUACACAUUAGCUUGGCUUGAAGAUGCAGGAAUCCAAGAAGUCUUUGUGUUUUGUUGUUCUCAUUCGAAGCAAAUAAUCGAUCAUUUGGAUAAAUCUAAGUGGCUUAACCAGCCUGACUUUAUUGUUACCACAAUCGAGUCGCAUAAUUGUAUUAGUGCUGGUGAUGCUUUGCGCUUGAUAUAUGAGCGGAAUGUGAUACAUGGAGAUUUUGUACUUGUUAGUGGAGAUACGGUUAGCAAUAUGGAACUUACGCAGGCACUUCAAGAACACAAAGAAAGAAGACGAAAGGACAGCAAUGCUGUCAUGACGAUGGUUAUUAAAAAAUCAAAACCGUCCCAGGUUACUCGCCAAACACGGCUUGGAACUGAUGAGCUGAUCAUGGCAAUCGACCCAUCAACAAAGCAGCUGCUUUAUUAUGAGGAUAAAGCCGAUGAUCCCAAAGCAAUAUUAACUCUCGAUAAGUCGUUUCUUGCUGAAAGUUCUUCUAUAUCUCUACAGAAUGACAAACAAGAUUGUUAUAUCGACAUAUGCUCCCCAGAAGUCCUUAGUCUUUUCACUGAUAAUUUUGACUAUCAACAUCUACGUCGUCACUUUGUAAAAGGAUUGCUUGUUGAUGAUAUCAUGGGUUAUAAAAUCUUUACUCAUGAAAUUCAUUCACAUUAUGCUGCUAGGAUCGAUAACUUUCGAAGCUAUGACUCAAUAAGUAAAGAUAUAAUUCAGAGGUGGACGUAUCCAUUAGUGCCAGAUGUGCAGUUUUCAACGAAUACUGCCGCCAAACUUGAAAGAAAUGGAAUUUAUCGGGGGUCUGAGAUAUCUCAGUCACGUUCGGCUGAAGUUGGACCAUAUACGUAUGUUGGGAAAGGAAGUAGUAUUGGUAACAACUCUAAAAUUACAAAUUCUGUUAUCGGGGAUGAUUGUGAAAUCGGGAAUAAUGUUUCCAUUGGUGGCUGUUACAUAUGGAAUAAUGUUAGAAUAGAAGAUGGAUGCAAACUAAGUAAUGCAAUAUUAUGUGACGGGGUUGUUAUGAGAUCUGGAGCUGUUCUUCAACCAGGUGUAGUAUUGUCAUAUAAGGUAGUUGUUGGACAAGAAUUUGUUGUUCCUGCCUAUUCAAAAGUUUCUUUACUCACACAGCCCGUGAUCCAAGAUAGUGAUGAGGAGCUUGAAUAUGCUGAUAAUAACAGUGUGGUCACACCAUCCAUGAAUACUCUAGAGAAUGGGGAUUCAACUAAUAAUAUGGCUUCAUGUGAGAUGGGUAAUGGAGGGCGUGGAUUCAUUUGGUCAAUUAGUGAAGCUGGCCAUGAAGAAUGGAGGCAUUCUGUUGCACCGAUACCUGCUGAAAAACUUAUCGAGCUUACUCAAGCGUUUAAUGACGAUCUCGAUAUUGCUGUUCAAGAUGACCCUCUUGUCCCCCUUUCUGAUGGACGAGAUUCAGGUACUGAAUCGGAUGAUGAUAUUAAGGAUGAGGCUCAGGAUUUUGAAAAAGAAGUUGAGGCGACUUUUCUGAGGGUUUUUAAUGGAGAAGUCAAAGAGGACAAUACAGUUAUGGAAAUCAACGCAUUGAGGCUGGCUUAUAACAUGGCUAUUGAGAAUUGUGCAAGCGCAUUGUUUUAUUCCAUGAUGAAAUCAGCACUCAAAUCUGCACACAAGUCGCCUACAGAAUUGGUUAUAAAUGUUAAGGAUGUAAUAACACGUUGGGGCAAAUUAUUGAAGGUUUAUCUUCCAGGCGUCGAUGAGGAAAUUGAAGUGAUAAUGAAAUUUGAAGAAAUGUGUUUGGAGUCUAGUAAAGAGUAUGCCCCGUUGUUUGUAAGGAUUAUGCAACUUUUAUAUGACCAAGAUAUUAUACAAGAGGAUGCAAUUCUUAAUUGGGCAAAGGAAAAAGAAGAUGCUGAUGAAUCUGAUAAAGUUUUUCUCAAGCAAUCAGAAAAGUUCAUCCAGUGGCUGAAUGAGGCUUCUGAAGAAGAGGAUUGAUAAUUGAGAAUAUGGAACUGAUUUCGUCAAGAUGAUUACAUGUGAAGGGAUGUCGAGUUGAAGAAAAGCUGGAAUGUUCAAUAUGCAAAUGGGUUAGUGUGUCGUUGAAAGCUUUGUUUUUGUAAACAUUUUUGUUCUUGUCUUGUUGCCAAAAGUUUUAAAACAUAGAUUUUGAUUUUGGUAGAGACUUAGGCAAGAUUGAGAUCCUAAUACCGUUAGUCAAAGUUUUUUAAUUCAUAUCAAGGAAGAGUUUGUUUUUAACUUUUCUGGCAAUUGAAAUAUUCUUUUUUGCGAGUA